AUGAGUUUCACGCUCUUCCUGCUCACCUAUCUCUUCGGAGGACUCACUUUCCCCAUCCUGGUGAUUUGGGCCCUCCUCCAAGCCUGCUCCCAAGUGCAGCGAAACUCCCCGCGCCAACCUGACCCCGACUUGCUCGUCCCCGAGAUCAGCCCCGACCUCAAGGUCGGUGAGCUCGAAGAGGCCUCGGGCGUCAACGUCUACCGCCAAGGCUGGCUCACAGUCACCACCCACUACUUUUACCACCACACAGAGCUCGCGCGCAUGGCCGACGCCAACGGCAACGCGCCCACCAGGUCCGACUUCAAGAAAAAACAUCGCUUCUUCGCAGUUCUCAAGCACGGUAACCUGUUUCUGUACCGCGACGACUCCGUCGGAGCCAGCGUGGUCCACGUCGUGGUGUUGAAAAACGUAUUCAUCACACUGUGGCCGCGCGACCCGGACAACGAGGCCCUCGAGACCUCGCUCUUCACCAAGAAAACCUGCAUUGCCAUUUUCAGAAAGGGCAUCGCUAACGUGGGCCCCGACGGCCACCUCACCUUCAAUCGCCGCGACAGCGAUCCCUCCAAGAAAAACCUCGAUGAGUUCUUCAUUUACGUCGGCAAUAAUGUCGAAAAGGAGGACUGGUACUUCUCACUCAUACGCGCCUCGGACGCCACCUCCGAUGCUGUCGAAAAUACCCUCCUCAACUCCGACAUUUCUGCCAAGACUGCUCACUUCAAGACCCGAGACGUGCUCACGCUCAUCCAAACGCUAAACUCCACGGAGGGCCAACUCACCACCAAGUGGCUCAACGCCCUUCUUGGCAGAUUGUUUCUUGGCGUUCAACAGACUGAAAGUCUCUCCCUAUAUCUUCGCGACAGGCUUUACAAAAAACUCACAAAGAUCAACAAACCGGGUUUUUUAGACGACUUCAUCAUAGAGAGCGUCGACGUUGGUACCGCGGCCCCAUUUUUCACAAAUCCCCACUUGAAGGAACUCACCGUCGAUGGACUCACCAGAAUAGGCUUCAAUGUACUUUACAGAGGUGGCCUUUCCUUCAUUGUUUCCACCAAAGUCAACAUUAACUUGAGUUCGCGUUUCAAAAAAAGAGAAGUGAGAAUCGAGUUGAAAAUGACCGUCAAAGAGUUAAGUGGUCCUAUGGUCCUUCUCAUCAAACCUCCUCCAACCGACAGAAUAUGGUACGCGUUUGAGACGGAACCACAUCUUGAUCUUGAUGUGGAACCUGUAGUUAGUGCCCGCCAACUCAGUUACAACAUGAUUACCAACGUGAUCAAGAGUAAAUUCAAAGAGGCCAUCAAGGAAUCUCUUGUACUACCAUUCAUGGAUGACAUUUCUUUCUAUAAGACUUCACAAGAGCUCUACAGAGGUGGGAUCUGGGAUAAAUAUAACGUACAUUUCCCAACAACUGCGGAGCCAGAGUCUCCCGCAUUUUUACGCAAACCUGACGAAUCCGCAAACGAUGACAGGUCAUCCGUUCGCAAACGCAGAACAUCAUCCUUGUCCCCAAGGAGGUCCGAUGAUGCUUCGAGCGUUCGGUCUUCUUCCUCUACAGAGCAGUCCGAGGAUUUCGGAGAUUUGUUGCAAAACUCCCCAACCAAGCGAGAUCUCGAAGCUGUCAAGAAUAAAACCCUCCAAUCAGUCGAAAACUUCAAAUCGGCUCUCAAGUCUCCAAGAAACUCUAGUUCCUCAUUCUCUUCUAAUGGCUCGGAUAAUUCGUCCUGGAGAUCAAAAAAAUUGGAAGUCUCUGCAGCAGUACACGACGAAGUCUCUACUUCCAAAAGAUACCUUCAAACUGGGAUGAAAAAGUUUGGCAAGUGGUAUAAGGAUACUGUCAAUACGUCCAAGUCUGAUUUACAGAAGAAUGCUGAAUCAUGUCCACAAAGCCCACCUGAAAUGAUAUCGAGCAGAAGGGCCAUCCCAAAGAGUAAAGAAAAAGAGCUUGCCAGCCUCGUUACCAAUAAUGAAAAUUUGCGCUCUAUAAUUGCUGCAGAAAUGUUUGCAAAUAAGAGUCGAACUGGGUCUGCAUCCUCAACUUCUUCCAAUGGCUCCCCCAUUGGCAACACUUUUAGAUUCAGCGGUGCUACACCUUCUUUUUCUUCAACUUCUUCCCGUCAUGGCAUUGAAGCGCAAAACUUCCCGAACGAUUUUUCACAAGGAAGUGAUACAGAUGUACAAGUAUCAAAGACACCUUCCCAUAUCUCCGAAGAAAAACUGGACACGUACCCUGAAUCAACCUCUGAUAGCUUUUCCACAGAUAUAAACGCAGCACCCUCCCCUACUGUUUCCAUUACUAUUAAUGACAAGGCCAUAGAUUUGCAUGAACUUAAUAAAGGAAGACCAGUUCCCCCACCUCCCUAUAUGGGUGGAAACCAGGAUGACGGAAAGUCACCUUCAAAUGCAGGGCAAGUCCAAACUCCGUCCUCUCCUCUCUUAUCGUCCAGAUAA